UCAACGAUUAGCUGCCCGAAUUUAGCCGAUCAUAAGACGGAACAAUGCACUGCGCAUUCCGUCGGCUAUUUACGUAAAUUCCCACUCCAUUUCUAAGCUUCUAUUCAGUGGACGCCAUUUUUUGUUUAAUCUGUACUGCGUAGAUUUAUAAUUACCCCUUUGUUAGGCGUAUCUACCGUUAUCUGCUUACAUAACCGAGGCCUACCGGCUUACAGUGUCGAGGUCGAAGCGAAACAGUGAAGGACGGUGUGAGAUCAAGGUCAUGGCCGGAGGACAAUGUAAACAGUGUGAGAGCAUUUUUCAAAACAACAGAAACCUGUACGACGUUAUUUGCUGUUUAAUAACUUCAAGAUGUCGAACUCGGGUGAUAUAGGGAUAUCACCUGUACUCCUUCAAGCUAUAAGCCAGUCGCUGAGUUCACCAAGUCAUAAACCACAUACAGCAGUCAGUACGAAAAUGGAAGGUUCCAACCUGACACCAGUUGAAAGUGGGGCAGCUGAUCAGAACCUUGCUGAACAACUAAUGAAAGACCAGCAGGGAAGCUUGAACAUGAUUAACACAACAGAAGACAUGAACUUACCACUUCAGAAUGAUUCGUUAUCAAUAAAAACAAUGUUGAAGAUAAAAAUGGCAGCAAAUGCCCUAACUAAAACUGCGUUACAGCAGCAGUCAUUUGGUACAGAAAGUGGAGUUCUGAAAACUGAGGGAAAGGAGAUUGCCCGAAGUUCUGCUUCGGACAUAGCAAUGGCAAACAUGUUGACUGCUCUUGCUACCCAGAAUAGUAAAACAUUUGUUGCCACCACUACUGACACAGGUUCGAGUCUGUUGGGGCAAAAUGGGGGCUCAACACAGAGUUCAUCUAGUUCAUUAAAAGAGCCUGAAUUCAGGACUGUUCAAGUGGGAAAUAAAAAAUUGUUAAUAAGAACUAAAGAUGACAUAUCAGGACCUGAGUUUAAUCAACAAAACACAUUUUCAUCUGAAAACAAUAAUGAGGGCACAAGUGCAAAUGAAGCAGUUUAUACCAUAAUCAAACCAGAACCUGGCAUAGACACUGUGAGAUUAGAGUCAAGUGAACCAAAUGUGUUAGUAUCGAGCUCAAAUUUGAAUUCAAAUAUGAUGUUAGGUCAGGUUAAAGACACAAUAGUUUCGGGCAAGUCUAAUGCAGACAAUAGUUUAAUACUCUCUGAUACACAAUCAACAUCUGGAGUAACAAGUGGUGAAGCUGGGGCUGGUACCCAACUUGUGUUCUCAUUCAACCCAAGUGCUUCGGGUACUUCAGAAGUUUUACCAGAUACACAACUGAAGGUGAUUGAGCACGAAGGGAAACGUUACAUUUUACAAACACAUUCUUACGACUCGUCACAGGUCACUGAUGCUCAGGCAGAGGAUUCACAGUCAUACACUGUACAAAUUGGAACUGAUGAGGGUGUAACAUUCACAAGUGUUGCCGAGCAGGAAGUGGUCACUGUUGGUCAGCAGCAGGAAGAGGCUGGAAAUGUUUCUGGAUUCAAGAGUCCACUGUCUGGAAGUCCUUGUCCUAUUUGUGGGGAUAAUGUCUCAGGUUUCCAUUACGGUAUUUAUACAUGUGAGAGCUGCAAGGGAUUUUUCAAACGCACAGUUCAGAAUAAAAAGUCCUUUGUUUGCCCAAGGAAUGGAGAAUGUGAAAUAGUGUUAGAGAAUAGAAAAAAGUGUCCAGCAUGUAGAUUUGCUAAGUGUCUGGUGAUGGGAAUGAAACUAGAAGCAAUCCGGCAGGAUAGAACAAGAGGUGGCAGGAGUAGUUACGGAGGUAGUUCCCCAUUUGAGGAGAAGAAAAGACGACCAAUCAAAAUGGUUCCUCGAAGAACAAGUUAUCAGAAUGAAAGUGCCCUGGCUUCAGUGUUAAAUGCUGGAAGUGCACACUCAGAAAAGCCUUAUGUUCCACAAAUAUUAACAGACAUAAUGAACUUGGAAUCUUUGCUGUGUGAUGAUGACAUUCCAUCGAGCAUUUCAGCGGAAGAUUUCUCGAUAUCAAAUCCAAAUGUGUUCCUCACCUUACUGCAAUUGUGUGAAUUGAAAUUAUACAAGAUUGUGAGAUGGGCUCGUAAUUUACCGUACUUUGCAAACAUUUCGACAGAUGAUCAGAUAUUGUUGCUGCAGAACUGUUGGUGUGAGUUACUUGCCCUUACAUUGUGCUGGAAAUCUCUACAUCUGACAAAUGAAAUCAUCUUCUUUCAUGGCCAGGCAAUAGAUCUGGAGAAAGCAUGUUCAUUAGACCUUGGCGAAAUGUUCAAUAAGAUGUCGGCUGUCGUUGAACAGUUCAGACGUUUGAAAGUUGACCAGUACGAGUGUGUAGCAUUAAAAGUCAUUAUUCUCAUUUGUCCAGAUAUAAAAGGAUUGAAUGAUGCAGACAGGCUGUCUGAGCAGCAACAGCGUGUUAGCAUGGCCCUUGAAACAUACACAUGUAGUCAUUACAGACAAAGUCCCAAUAAAUACGGUGAGAUUCUACUCCGCCUCCCAGAAUUGUCCCGCAUCAGCUGUAUGCUUAAAGAACAUCUCAUGAAGUGGAUGCCUGCCAAUACAACAUCAUGUGGAUUGUUGUAUGAACUCCUUAAAGGCGAAAAUAUGAAAGAUUUAGUGUGACAGUAACUAAAUUAUGUGAAUAGGAGUGCAUAGAACUCUUAGUCUUACAAACAACCAUGCAUGAUGUAAUAAAGAUGCCAGUCAUUACCGGCUAAAAGUGGCUUAAUUCUAGGUCACAUGAUGAAGUUACAUGUAUGUACUGGCUGGGUGGGGUUUGGGGGUGAUUGUAACUUGAACAAGAAAGUACUGCAAUAUUGGUGUGAGUCAAAUCAAGGUAACAAUACAGGCAUUACAGGAAAUAUAUAUUUCAUUAUUAGCUUGUCUGUUUCCAGGAAAAAGUUGAGCUAUUAUGAUAGCUACAUUGUCGUUGUUAUUGCCAUCGUGCUAAAACUUUUAAUAAAUGCCCAUUAAUCAAACAUUUUUAAAGUUGUCAGUUUGAAACUUGCAAUACUUGCAUAUCAUGAAAAGGUGCAGUUGUUAGAGAACUUAGACAUAAUUCUGGAAGCUUUAUUUUUUGUAGUUAUUCCCCCUUUAAACUUGGAAUUUUUGUUAAAAUUGGUUAUUGAUAUUCGUCGCUUUUAACAGGCAAGGGUUAAAACCACAUGCAGUGCUUCUGUUUAACCUUUAAUGUGGAGACAUUGCCUGUAUGAAGUGACUGUUAACUUGGUAGAAACAAUUUAUAAUUACAUGGUUUAUACAGCUAGUUAGUGUUUUCUGUAAGUCACCAAUAUGAUUUGUUCAGGACCUAUAAAUUAGAGAACUUUCUGUCUAUACUGUAGUGAGGAAGUUAUACGUUAUAAUGAAGUAGAAAUAUAAGUCUCAGUUUUUCUCUUCUGUUGGAAAGAUCCCAUUACAUAAACA